ACUAUUUGGAGAACCGUUUCAAACCGCUACUGACGCUAGCCCUCAUCAACAGGCCAAUGGUGGGCUUCAUUACUUGUGAAAACUUGGUACAAAGUCAGCUUGGUGAUUUCAGUCGUCCAAAUUAAUACGCGACUCGCACUACGAGGUACUUAAGCUCUAGAGACGUCCUCCAUCCUGCGAUUUCUUCUUCAUCCUCUUCAAACAGUAUUCUGCACAAUCACAAUAUCAUCUUCUACUUUCGAGAAACAAUUCUCGUAACAAACCCUUCUGCCAAUAGCCGGAGAUCAUCCACGCUCUAUCCAACUCUCAUCAAGAAGAAAACGAAAACAAUACAUACACACACACAAACUGAACAACAGAUCAGCAGUAAGAAGAGGAUCAACCAGAAAAAACAGCCGCUCCGACAAAUUCUAUCUCCUGCACGACAUCAACGUGGUCGGAUUCCAAAGCAACUCAACUCUGGAUAUCCGCCUGGACACUCAAAAAGCCAGCAACUCAGAAAAGUCGUAACUAUCCGGUACCAAGGUCGACAAUUCCACUUCGAGGUCCCGCACACGUCAACAGAAAUCAACAGCCAUGGCACCAUCAACCACAACCAGACGUCAGGCCCGCACUCACACCACACCAAUAUCUGAAAUUACUGAGCCCACAAGACGUCAGCCAUGGGAGCCAUCAACACAGCCAAGGGCAAACCCUGGAGUCACCAUGGCCACCAACAACGCGGAACCUAUCACCCAACCCACUGAAGAAGGCAUCGCGCUAAGCAAUAUUAGAGUCCGCGCCAGCAGCCAAAACGGACGUAGCGAUGACGCCGCCGAAGACUCGUUUCACCUAGCACCCAACACGAGUGGCAGCAUGAUUCUCUCGAACCAGUCUAGAUCUGAAUUCGAAGACUUUACCCGACAACAUCGAACACAACUCAGGGCCACUGGAAGGAGUGAGAACCUAUCUGACCUCUCAGUCGACAUGGACGAUCUGGAGUCUAUAACAGCUGGGGAUCUCGAUGCCGUCAUCAACGAAGCCAACAAGGAUAAGUUGGCCAACUUCGGUAUUUCAUCACCACCAGCAACACCUUCUCGUGAGGUGUCACCUGAGCCAGAAGAGAGACUACCACUACAAGUCUUGGCACCACCAUCUCCAAUACUCUCGCCACAAACAUCAGACGAGUCAAACGACGACAUAUUUUCUGAUUCUGAGGUUGAAAUUGAUGACCUCGCCGUCACCGAAACCCACCAUGAGGAUCCGUUCCGACCUUCCCUGCAGCAAAUCAGUCCUCAAAGCAAUCGUCUCCAGGAAGAAGCCAAUCGACGUCGACCCGCAUUUCCAAACUACCUCAUGGACGAGUACCUGGAGGAUGCCUUCAAUUUCGAACGAUCCGCCACCCGACAAACAUUUACAGAACGCCAUCGCGAGAACAUACGGCCAGUGACGGAACCCAACGCCACCACUGGGACGACGACGACAACGGUGAUGACAACAAACAUCAGUAAUAUCGACGGCGCCGACUCCUGGAUCGACCCCGAAGACUUGUGGGGGGCAAUUCCGGCUUCAACACAGGUUACACCUCAACGACCAGCAACACGUCAACAAAGGGGUAUCGACCAAGCAAACCGCCAUCUUUUCCCCCUUCAGAGUGCGAUGGCUUUCAGAUCAUUUCGGUGAACUGUCAGAAGCGGAGGAUUUGGAACUUCAUGAUUCAUGUAUUUGUGACUUCAGUUCAUGUACUUUCAUUUUGAGGACUACAAAUUGGUUAAAGAUAUUUGUCAAAUCAGGACAGGCGCAGGAUUACUUGUUUUUGUUGUUCUACAAAUCAUGUAAAUUUUGUAAUUGUCAUUGUCUCAUCAGGACAGGUGGAAGUAACCUUUUCCCCACGGGGUUUUUACUGGUGCUUCAGGAUUUGGUUAAUGACACUACACUUCAAACUCA